AUGAGCGGGAGCAUUUUGGAAAUAAUACAUUAUUUAAAUCUGCAGUAUGAGGAAGAGGAAGAGGAAGAGGAAGAGGAGGAAUACAUAGAGGAGGAAGAACAGGAGACCAUUGUGGAAACAAAAAAGGCACCAGUGGCUCCCAAACCUGCCCCUCCUCCUCCUCCUCCUGCAACAGUGCCUCCCCUACGCCGAAAAUCAUCUGCCAAUUACCGGGCCUACGCCAUUGAGCCGCACGACAAGAUAAAAUGCAAGAUAUCAGCUUCUCGGAAAUUGCAACUCAAGUCACUGAUGCUCCAAGUGGCUAAGAAGGAAAUGGAAAAGGAAGAAGAAGAACGCUCCCAGGACAAAGAGCGAUUUCUCUCCGACCACUGCAUCCCAUUAGAAAUGGCAGGAUUCGGCUUCACAGAACUGCAGGAGUUAUGUCAGCAGCUGCAUGCACAAAUUGACAAAAUUGAUGAGGAGCAUUAUGACAUGGAGGCCCGGAUCAAUAAGAGCAUCAACGAGAUCCAAGAUUUGAACCAGAAGAUUUUUGACCUACGAGGCAAAUUUAAACGCCCUGCUCUUCGCCGGGUGCGUCUCUCAGCUGAUGCCAUGAUGCAGGCCUUGCUUGGCUCCAAGCACAAGGUCUCUAUGGAUCUGCGGGCCAACCUCAAACAGGUCAAGAAAGAUGACAUAGAGAAGGAGAAUUGGGAAGUAGGUGACUGGAGGAAGAAUAUCGAUGCUCUGAGUGGCAUGGAAGGGCGCAAGAAAAUAUUUGAGACCUCAGUCGCAGGACAGGCCUGA